GAUUUAUAAUGAUAAGUGGUCCGGUCAUUCAGUUUAGGUUACAGGCUAGACUGAGGACACUUGGUGGUUAGAAGUCAAAUCCAAGUCAACAAGAGUCAUGUGGAGUCUAAGUGUGGGGGCUCUAUCAGCCAUUGUCUUGCUGCACGGCUGUUUUGCAGCUCUUCAGCUGACUACUAACCCUUCAACAAUCGGGACUGGUCUAACCAGAACCCUAGAUGUAAUUUGUUCUUUCAGGCCAGAUGCUACCAUCAGCUCUCUCAUAUCUCUACAGUUGAGCCUCAACCAGACCUUGCUGGCCCAACUCAACUCCAAUGAUGGUCAGGUACGCUCCUCUAUCCCCAGCAGGGAAGCAACUGUAGUCGGAGCUUACGACAAGAACGGGGACUCCUACAUUAGAAUUGUCUGGACGAACCGACCAGAGGAAAGAGCCGGAAGGUAUCAAUGCAAAGCCAACGGAGUCAACGUCGUCGGGCAAUUACAAGAGGCAACUAGGGAUAAUAUCGUGACAGCGGUGACCCCAGAUGUCACUACAAUCGUAGACGAAAUGGUCAACCUUGUCCAGAAAGUUGAGACACUCCAAAAGAUUUGGGGAGAUUUUACAACGUACUUGCAGGAGAAGAUUAACGUCUCGGCGUCUUUAAGGACGCAGUUUAUAAUUUCCGAUUCCUUUAGAGGACACAGAUACUACCUGAACAGCCGUACCUACUUCUUCACACCAAACGAUGCCCACUUCAGGUGCCACAUGUAUGGAGGCUACCUGGCGGAGAUAGACGACGCGGAAGAGUUUGAGUUCGUCAGGAGCUUCCUGAAGACCAAGAACCCGAGAUUCUACGAAAUGCUUCUGGGCGGGUCAGACGAGGCUCAAGAGGGUCAAUGGGUUUUCCCAUACACGGACAGACCAGUGAAAUACUUUAACUGGACCAUCGGUCAGCCUGACGCAGGAAGGGGAGCUAAUAACCAAUGUAUCUGGAGAGACGGGAACUACCUGAUGAGUGAUUGCGUCCCCUUGAUGACAUACGAUUGGUCAUUCGUCUGCGAGAUCCCAGAUAUCUAUGCUGAAUAAAUCAUAACUUUUA